ACUGAGGGCACAGUGCUUGCCUAACAAGUACAAAGCCCCAAAUUCAACAUCCCCCUCAAAAAAGAAGAAAAAAAAUGAUUUGGUUUAGCAUCUGCUGGCCAUAACGUCAAAUAAGACAAAACACAAAGGUCAGACCAGAGAGCUGAUCAUCCCAAGGCAGGCAGUGUCACCGGGCUUGGAACUAAUGUCCUUUGUGAGGUAGCCUGGGAGUUGGCCUCGAGUUCUGUCCUGACACAGGGAGGGGCGGCACGCAGAGACCAGAGCAGGGGUGUGUGGAGAUGGUUCUGGCCAUGCUAGGGGCUCUGUACCCCAGGGCCGGGCUCAGUCUCUUCCUCUUUUACCUCAUCCUGGCGGCUGCACUCCUUCGUCCCCAGCCCCUGAGGUCCCAGCGGUCUGUUCCGGAGGAAUUUUCAGCUCCCCUUGAGCUCUCUCAGCCAUUUUCUAGCCUGGUGGAUGACUAUGGGGUCCGACCCAAGCACCCAUGGCCACGGGGGCCUCGGCCCCUCCUCUCCCAGGCCCAGCAGCGCAAGCGUGAUGGGCCAGACAUGGCUGAGUACUACUACGAUGCGCACGUGUGACGG